UGCAGUAUUCUUUAUGCACACACCUGCGAAAUCCGAACGCGUUCCCCAGGUUUUCACAACUGUUGUAUAACUAGGCGCCAUGGCGGACAGAGAUAAGAUGGCGAAGUAUCGCACCGAGAUUCAGCAGGUACAUACGAAAUGUAUCCCUUCAUAGGGGUAAACUUUUAGAGAUGACCUCCCUGUCCCUGGAGGCUGUCUGUUCUCUCACUUGUUUCGACACCAGCACUUGAAGCUCCUUUCACCGCACUGAGUCUGCAAUUUGCAAUUAUUUUUUUUCGCGCUUCACUGUAGAAUUCUCUCAAUAUUGGCGCGUCACCGCUCCCCUCCCCGACCCGGUCCUCGUUGUCCUCCAGCUGCCUCCCAUCUAUCUACCCUCAUUUGCAUCUCAACUCAUAGAACUCUGGGCCAUAGCUUUAAGCACGGCUCCCUUGUGGCACUUGCAACAGCCCGCCUCCUGGCCAACAUCUUCUCACCAGACUCUUUACCACAAUGGCCUCCAUGAACCGGGCAUCACCGGUUUCGAACACUCACGGGUUUUCACUAACUGAAAUGAUACAGAUGAUGUUUGUCUCGGGCGAAACUGGCGAACCCUCCCCAGAAACGACUACCCUCAUCGAGUCGAUUGUACAGGAUCAAGUCCAGCAUAUGCUCCGAGAAUGUAGCAAUCUGUCUACCCGCCGUGGUUCGCGAUUUGGAUCAAUAUCAACCGACGAUCUGUUUAUGCUGAUUCGGCACGACCGGGCAAAGAUCUCGCGGUUGAGGCACUUCUUGCAAUGGAAGGAUGUCAGGCGCUCCGUCAAAGACUCUGACGAUAAGGGCGGAGACGCUGGAGCGGAUGUGGGAGCUGGGGACGACCUUGCGGUCGGCGUUGUUGCCAGCGGCGCCGGUCCCGGUCCAGAAGCCGGUAAAAAAGCAAAGAGGGCCAAGGUCGACUUGGUUUGGGAAGUGCAAUCCUUCUUCAACGAGGUGCCCCCGCUCAAGGACGACUUGGAUGACGAAGAAGAGGAAGAGAUGAAUUUUGCCACACUCCAGCGUCUCAAGAAUGCCGACGAGCGUACGAAGAAUAUGACUAGGGAGGAAUACGUGCAUUGGUCCGACUGUCGGCAGGCCUCGUUCACAUAUCGAAAAGGCAAGCGCUUUAGGGAGUGGGCUGGCUUCGGCCUCAUCACGGACUCAAAGCCCAGCGACGACAUUAUCGAUAUCCUGGGUUUCUUGACGUUCGAGAUCGUGCAGACGCUCACCGAAGAGGCGCUCAAGGUGAAGGCUGCGGAAGACCUCUACAAGAAGACGACCGGCGGGGAAUCCCAGAACCGCUUGAAACGGAAACGUGAGCGUGGGCCUUUUGAUCCACCGGAGGAGGCUCGAGAGCCUAUUCAGCCUGCACACGUCCAGGAGGCCUACCGACGUCUGCAACGAGGAAACAACAAGAGCAGGGCAAUGCUGAACUUUACCAGAGCCGUCCCUCGCUCUUCACUCAGGCUUAUCUAAAGGAUGUUUUCGGAUGAUGCUCUCAGCGAAACGACCGCAAAUCGCACAACUCUCUGUUCUCCCAAUGUCCGGAGUGGGAUAACGGAGAAUGUCAAUCGGCCCCUAGUUGACAGUUUACGAUGGAAGUCAACGACAGCAUCUGACGGCUUGGGGUUCGGUUGUUAUCUCCCACAGAUUGAUGGAAAGACCCUGGCGGUUGCUCGGGAGUAGCUAUGAUUUAAUGAGGCGUUUCUGGUUCUAUACGGUCAACUCGAUACCCACAUGGACAGGCGGUCGGAGAAGAGUUUUUGGACUUACAUUCGGCUUACUGAGGAGAUGAAUGAUUAUCUCACUAUUCUUUUCCGGCACACUUAUGCGAACCGUCUGUAUUUCCACCAUUUUCCAAAAUAUAAUCAUGACUUCUAGUCACAAUACACACAUAUGGUGAGCGAAGUUUUGGG